AGUUUAGUUUAACUCCUUUAUUUCAGUGAAAUAAGUCAAUGGGAACAUUAAUUGUUUAGUUGUCAUAUAAAAAUGUUUACACAGCAAUAAAUAUGAGAGGAAGAUUGUUGAUUUUUAUUUUAUUUUCACUGUCUUUCAUAUCAAGAGGAAAAUCAUUAAAACAGGAACCAACCAAUGAUAAUGGAGACGACAUUAAAGUCAGAACAUCUGAAGGUGAUAGAGAUAAAGAAGCAUUGACUAUAUACUUUGAUAAAGACCGUGUUCUCAGCAUAAACGAAUUAAGAAAACUUUAUAAUCUCGAUGAAAGUCACAUCCCUGACAUUCAGAUCGGCAAAGAAUUAGAUAAAGCGUACGUAAAAAAGAUAAGAUUAAGAAAGAAUAAACCAAAACCAAUAAACGAAAGAGAGGACAAUGCGAAAGAAGAUAAGGUUUUAGAACGAAGUGUGCCCGAAAACGUUGAUACAAAAAAUAUUGAAACAGAUAACACGGGAUUGGAAUCUAGAAUUUCUGAUACAGAAGAAAAAAUCGACUUAGAAGAAUUAUCUGCUGAUGUAAACGAACGUACAGCAACCACUGAUACAAAUUUUGAAGAGACAGAAAAAAGUGCUGAGGCGGAAGAAAAUUAUGAAAAUGAUUCCGAUUAUUCUGAAUACACAGUGCGUACUGAUGAAUAUUCCAAAACAAGUCAACCUAACCAAGAACCGACCACUGUUUUUUCUGAUUACGUAACGCCACCAACUGGAAAAGCCAAUGCUCCGCGUUUUGGCACAGAAUUUGUAGAAAGAACUGCAAACUCAGUUAAGGAUGUCCUAGCCGGUUAUCAGGAUAUAGUGCCAGAAAUCGAAAAAACAAACGCAUUUAUCGGAACCGGUGAUAUAGGAAUAGUGAAUGGGUACUUGCGUGCUUUGGAAUCUGCUAAGUCAGUGGAAAAUUUACGUCGUAUGUAUCCGCCCAGAAGAAUUCCUACAAAGGGAACACCGAGUUAUUUGAGAAGCGCCGAACCAUUAAAUGAACCAGAACAAGAGGAAGGUAAAGAAGAUUCCCAAGAUGAACAGUUAGAAGUUAAAAAAAAAGAUUUCCCCGCCCUUUCUCCUGGUAACCAAUAUCCUUAUACGCCACCCCUUAAAGGAAAUCCAUUUCAGAUUUUAAGGAGCCCAAUGCCGCCCAAACCCAAACCACUUACAAAUAUUUUGUUACCAAAAUUGCGUCAAGCCUAUGAACAGCCUACAAUCCCCUUUUAUAAUCGCUUCAAAUCUGGAGACGGUUUCCAAAACUAUGGCAGAAUUGUUCCUUAUUAUUCCUCAUAUGGUUCUUAUAUAUCACCUACACGCCUAUAUAAUUUUAGCAGAACAGGAUGAUAUCCAGUUUGCAAGGACUGUUGAAAAAGUAAUAUAAAAUAUAAAGAUAAUAUCUGUUUUAUUUAAAACACCGAAUACUUGUUAAUUAAAUGUCAAUGUAAACUAUAAUUCUUAUCCUCAUGGUGUCUGCCAAAAGAGGAGAGUUACGUUUCAAACGGGAGAGUGUGUAAAUUUGUGUGGUACUAAAUUAAAUGCUAAGCUAACUGAAAACUGAAUUGACUAUGAGGCAGUGCCUUAUAACGCAUUAAUUAUCUAUUACAAAUUACGUGUUUAUUUGGUCUCAAUAAAGAAGUUUUAAUAAU